AUGGCUUCAGGGAGUGAGCAGAUAAAAGGACGUCCCAGGAGAAAAGCAGCUCCAGGGGGCAGCACUGAGGCACAUGCAAAGUACUGUACGCCCCGCUCUCUCCUCAGGUACUACAGUUUCUCCUUGGUCCUGGGUUUGGGCUCAGACUCUUGGGUUUAUCCAAACGCCUCUGACCCCGAGUUCACGUCUCUGACCCGGAAGUACAUCUACUGCCUGUACUGGUCCACGCUGACGCUCACCACCAUCGGGGAAACACCGCCCCCUGUCAGGGACGAGGAGUACCUGUUCCUCAUAUUCGACUUUCUGGUCGGGGUCCUGAUCUUCGCCUCCAUCGUGGGGAACGUGGGCUCGAUGAUCUCGAACAUGAACGCCACCAAGGCCUCGUUCCAGAGCCGAGUGGACGCUCUCAAGCACUACAUGCACUUCAGGCACGUGAGCAGAGGCCUGGAGCAGCGCGUGAUUCGCUGGUUCGACUACCUCUGGACCAAUCAGAAGACGAUAGAUGAACAGGAAGUGCUCCGGAGCCUGCCCUGUAAACUCAGAGCGGAGAUCGCCAUCAACGUGCACCUGGACACGCUCAAGAAGGUUCGUAUCUUCCAGGACUGUGAGUCUGGUCUCUUGGUGGAGUUGGUGCUAAAACUUCGACCUCAGGUGUUCAGUCCUGGAGAUUACAUCUGCAGAAAGGGAGACGUGGGGAAGGAGAUGUACAUAAUCAAAGACGGCCGCCUGGCUGUUGUUGGGGACGACGGCGUGUCUCAGUUCGCCGUUCUGACCGCGGGCAGCUGCUUCGGCGAGAUCAGCAUCUUGAACAUCAGCGGGAGCAAGACGGGAAACCGCCGCACCGCCAACAUCCGCAGCCUGGGCUACUCCGACCUGUUCUGCCUGUCCAAAAACGACCUGAUGGGGGCGCUGCAGGACUUCCCCGAGGCCAGAGCGCAGCUGGAGCAGAGGGGGCGGGACAUCCUGAAGAAGGAGGGGCUUCUGGAGGAAGUGAGCGUCUCCGCGGGGGAGGAGCUAGAGGAGAAGGUGGAGAGGAUGGAGGCGGGACUGGACCGGAUACAGACCUGUUUGGCGCGUCUUCAGAGUGAGUUUGCCUCGUCUCAGAUGCGUCUGAAGCAGCGGCUCACGGCUCUGGAGGCCGGACUGACCGCGGCAGCGACCGGCAGUGACCUCUCCGACCCCGAGGGCAGCGACACCAACAUGCAGCUGUGAACCGCCCCUGAUGCCCUCCCUCCCCGUGCGCCAGAUGCCCUCCCGUCCUCCUCCACUGCAAAUUUCUCUGAUCUGACCAAGAUUUUAAAAACCUUUAUUUGGUUUUUCACCUUGUUUCCAGAUUUAUCCUCUUCUUACUCGUUCUGAGGUCGUUUACGUUCAGAUAACUUGUCAAGUAAAAUGAUCUUGCUGCAUGGACAGAUCAUUUCACUACUUUAAAGUCAUUUAAAGUGUUUUUUAUUUAUUUUUAUGUGUUUUUAUUGAUUUAUUUUAUUUAUUGGUUUAUUUAUUUCUAUUCUAUGAUUUUGUUUUUUAUUUUUAUUUUUUAUUAAAACUAGUAUUAUUUUAGUAGUUUAUUUUAUCAUCUUAUUUAUUGUUAUUUUUAUGUAUUUGUGCAGCACUUUGGAAACUGUUUGUUUGUGAAAUGUGCUAUAGAAAUAAAGUGGAUUGGAUUGGA